AUGAAUUUCAGGGCCACCGUAAAUUGUGAUAUGGGAGAGGGGUUCUCGCUGUAUAAAAUCGGAGAGGAUGAAAAGUUAAUGGGACACAUUCAUCUUGCUAAUAUCGCCUGUGGAUUUCAUGCCUCUGACUUUGCUGUCAUGAACGAGACCGUUCAGCUUGCUAAGAGUCACGGUGUUGCUGUCGGAGCACACCCUUCCCUUCCAGACUUGCAAGGAUUUGGAAGACGCGAAAUGGCAAUCGAGCCGGAUGAGCUCAAGUCUUGCUUCAUUUAUCAAGUCGGAGCCCUUUGUGGAUUUUUGAAGCAACACGGACUCCCUCUGAACCAUAUUAAGCCCCAUGGUGCUGUGUAUGGUCAGACAUCGAGAUCACUUCCCCUUGCUCGUGCCGUUGUAGAAGUCGCAAAGAUUUUCAGCACCCCUAAUGAACCUGUUGCAUUUGUAGGCAUUGGUGGCUCUGCUCAUCAGACAGCUGCAGAAGAAAUAGGCGUCAAAUUCAUACCAGAAUGGUUCGCUGACAUGGAAUACAGUGCAGAAGGGAAAUUACUCAUAACAAAGAAACAUGAUCCCGUUCCUCUAGACAUCGUCCGCAAACGAGUAUGA